UGGUGCCGGCUCUACCUUCAGGUGACCCUCUUCGAACAGAGGAACUUCGCUGGCAGACGGCUGGACCUGAACGGCGACUGUCCCAGGAUCAGCGAGAGGAACUUCCCAGAGAGAUGUAACUCAGUCCAGGUGGAGAGCGGAGCAUGGGUGGGUUUUGAGCAUGAGAACUACAGGGGCCGUCAGUACCUGUGGGACAUGUCCGACAGAGGCGAGUACAACUGCUAUGAUAAGUGGUGCGCUCAGGUGGACCACGUCUCCUCUGUGCGUCCUGUCAAACAGGACAACGGCCUCCCCAGAGCUCAGCUGUUCGAGCGUGGCGGCUUCUCUGGGAAGAAGAUGGAAAUUCAAGACGAUGUUCCCAACCUGAUGAGCCGCUACAGCCUGAACCGAAUCGCCUCCAUCCGCGUGCUGGGAGGAGCGUGGGUAGUUUACCAGGAGCCCAACUACAGAGGACCUCACUACAUCUUGGAGAAACGAGACUACAACAACUACUCUGACUGGGGGAGCCAGAACAGCACCGUGGGCUCCAUGCGCAGAGUCCGCUUCAACUAAAUCCUGAUGGAACCUGUCAGCUUAAAACACAAUAAAGGCCUAUUUUAGUAACAAACAA